AUGCGGAACAUACUCGCCUUGCCAUCGCUGAGGCCAAGUGGAAAGGUGGCUCUUCCUCCUUCGCCGGUGGCGCUAGACUUCCCGAAGUUCACGCUGAGGCGUUCAAUUGCCGCAGCAAUUGUGACCAUUGCUCUUGCUUUCUCUGGGCUCUUCCUGUGGACAUCGUUCGCAAAGUCAGAUGCAUUAUCACAUGCUGACCUCGAUAAAAAUAAUGUUGCAUUGAACCCGCCGAGAGUGGAGCACUUGCCAGACCGUGAAGACGUACUUCCCGUAAGUCUUCGACCGGAGACAUACCUCGCUGGUCCACCAACUGCGCAUUUUAAAGAUAGUCUGAAAAAUGAUACUAGAUACAUGACCUCUUGGCUUUCAGCGGGCUGGACAAAUGAUGUUAUGACAAUAGGGAAUUUAAUCUACCUCGCGCUCAUCACCGACCGUGUCCCCGUCAUCCCACCAUUCACUUCGCAUAUUGGCGGUGCGAGCGUACCAAUCGCCUUCUCUGCGAUCUUCGACGUCUCGCGCCUCGCGCGGGAGAUCGGCGCGCCAGUACUUGAAUGGCACCAAAUCAAGAACAUUGCGCUCGCAGAGUCCCUUGCCGAGCAGGAUGAUCUCGGUUGCUGGAACAUCUGGGAGGUGGACAACAUUCCCGCGGACGCGCCGCGGGGAAGCUACACGACCCUCAUGCUUAAUCUCGACAUAUCGUACACGCGGGCGCCGGAAUGGGUCAAGCUUAUACCUGGAUUCCUACAUGACUCACACUCGUCGUUCUGGUCGCUUGCAAAACUUGCCUUCCCCGAGACGCGCAGUGACGUCCUAGCAAAUCCCGCCGCCCAUCCGACCCGAGCAUCCGAACGGCAUCGUGUCUUUAUCCCGCCGGACGAGCAGCUCCUGUGCUUUGAUUAUCUAUACUAUGUAUGUGGCGAGAGGCCAUUGGAAUAUGACUACGAUUACAGCCCCGCGUGGAGGUUUGUCGUGAAAUACUUCCGGUGGACGAGAGACCUGGAGCAGCUUGCAGAGGAGUACUUGCGGCGCACACUAAACGUCCCAGAAGGCAGACCUAUACCUCCAUAUAUCACAGUCCACGCUCGGCGCGGCGACUUCGUCAACUGGUGCGGCGAAGUCCCGCGUGAUGGCUGCUUCCCGUCGUUGUCCGUGUUCGCACGGCGGGUAUUCGAGGUGCAACAAGAGCUCCGUGAACGCCACGGGAUCGAGGCGCAUCAUGUCAUCAUGACGAGCGACGAGUCCGAUGAAGGUUGGUGGGAUGGGGUGCGUGCGCUCGGGUGGCUUCGCGUCGACCAUGAGCGGGCGCAGACCAUCGAGCUGUAUGGAAGAUGGUACACUGUAAUCCUGGACGGAGUCAUUCAAUCACUCGGCAUGGGCUUUGUCGGAACAGACCGAUCGACAUUCUCGAUACUGGCACGACGGCGCGUGCAAGAUUGGAACAACGGCGCAGUUCGUACUGUGCUGUGGGGUCAUCCAGGCUCGGAUGAGCAUUAA